AUGGUUGUAGGAACAAAUCCCCCAGGAACAACUGAAUUAUCUGAAAAUUGUGACCAAAUGGGAAAGGAAAAUAAUGUGCUUAAAUCUGCAUCACUUGACAAUGAAGUGGCCUGUUCUCACACUCCAGUCUCUGAUAAAAACAGCAAGCAAUGCCAUCUUGACAACACUGGAUCUUCUGAAGAAAACUUGGACAAAAGUUGUCUCACAAAGCAACAGACAAAACCAGACAGUGAGUUACCUGUCAAAUGCCAGAAGAAAAGAAUGCUAAAAUGUAAAGAAUGCAAUCUGGUUUCUUCUCACUGUGGAUUUAUGUACAAACAUAUUCGUCGGAAGCAUGAAAUAACCGAUAUGGUUAUUUGCGAAGUCUGCAAACUGUCUCUCCCCACAAAUAAAAUAAUGGACCACCAUGGACAAUACCAUAUUGACGGCGAUGAAGACUAUAUUCCGACAGCUCUCAGUGAUGCUUUUGAAAUAUUUUGGGAGGAACGUCCAGAAGAAGUCAGAGUUAAUAAAAAACGUUCAAAGAAAUGUUCCUUCAAGAAAAAACCAGUGUUGGAGAGGAACAUAGUUGAAAAAAUAACUGAUGAUGCAGAUGCAGAUAUGGAUAAUCAUGAUGAGAGUAAAACAAGCAUUAUGAUGGAAUUAGGUGAUGAUGGUGACAAUUUAGAAUCUUCAGAUUCUGAUAAAAGGCCAACUGCAAUUAAACAUAGAAAUGAUUCAGGAAAGGUAAAAACAGUGCAGAAGAAUAGGAAAAGAAAACGAAAACCUGUUUUUCAGGAGAAAAAUAAGAAAGUCAAAUUUUCUGAGACAGGCUCUGAUGGAUCUGUUGCUUCACAACAAAACAGAGCUAAUUUACAAGGAAAACGAGUUACACGUUCAAUGAAAAUUACAGACAGUUCUCAAAAGGAAAUAUCUGUUGAGGUUAAGAAAAAUAAAAUAAACUCAGAAAAAGAAAAUGACACCCUUGUUGAACAUGAACAAAAUACAACUAAUUUAGAAAACUCAAAGCCCGUCGGACUUGAGGAAAAUGCAAUCAAGAUGAAAACAGUAACAAAUGACGCCCUUGUUGAACAUGAACAAAAUACGACUAAUUUAGAAAACUCAAAGCCCGUCGGACUUGAGGUAAAUGCAAUCAAGAUGAAAACAGUAACAAAUGACGCCCUUGUUGAACAUGAACAAAAUAGGACUAAUUUAGAAAACUCAAAGGCUGUCGGACUUGAGGAAAAUACAGUCAAGAUGGAAACGGUAACAAAUGACACCCUUGUUGAACAUGAACAAAAUACGACUAAUUUAGAAAACUCAAAGGCUGUCGGACUUGAGGAAAAUACAAUCAAGAUGGAAACAGUAAAAAAACUUGAAUGUUUUUUGAAAAAUAAAACCGAUUCAAAAAAAGAAGAAUCUGUCUCUCUAACAGAAAACAAAAAUCCUGUUGGAUAUGUGGAAAUGGAAAAGCCUUCUGAACUAGAGAAAAAUACACCCAUUAUCCAGGAAAUAUCUGCUGGUCUCAAGGAAAAUAACACCACAUCUGAACAAAAAGAAAAUCCUACGGGUCUGGUGGAAGUUACCACCGACUUAGAAAAUAGAAACCCUGUUGGACAUGUGGAAAAAGAUACUGGUACACAAGGAGAAGAAAAAAAAAAAUGUUUAGGUCUUGUGAACAAUACAGUCAGUGUAGAAAAAGAAACACUUGUUGGACUUGUGGAACGUACAAAUAGUUCACAAAAAGAAAUAACUUGUGAUCUUCCAUCAAAUGAGGUGAAAACAGAAGUAGAACCAGUAGCACUUCCAGAAAAUAAAACCGAUUUGGAAAAGAAGGUAAAUCUAGGUAACAAAUCUGUGAGUGUGAAAGAAAGAAAAAUGAGUUUACGACAAAAAUCAUUUCAUGUGCCUUGUAACAAACAUUUAGUAUUGAGGUUGAAGAAAACAGACAUAAAAAUACCCUUUCCCUUACAAUCUGGAAGCAAGUUGGAAGUUAAAAAGAGAGCAAGUUCUGUCCCAUUACCAGCACCUGUUCCACCACCAGCACCUGUCCCAUCACCAGCACCUGUCGUCCCACCAGCACCUGUUAAAAUCCAGAAAUGUGUAGGUAUAAAAGAGGAAGACUGUCCUGAUGCACAUCAGUUUCUUCAUUCUGAUUUCGAAUUCCGCUGCAAGUACUGUACACACAGAGGGGAGUCCUUCACCAAAUUUAUACACCACCUGUAUUACCACUUUCACUAUAAAAAAUAUGCAUGCAGCUACUGUUCAUUUGCAGGGUUCUCACAAAAUCGACUCCUAACCCAUGUUGGUGAAGUACAUCCUAAAUACAUUAAAAAACCCAACAUAUUAAUUACAAAUAAUUCCCAAAUGGAAAAGAGGUGUCUGGACUUGUGCCACUUCUGUUUUGUACCCAAGUUGAAGGAUGACGUGGAACUGAGACAAAGACUUGCAAGGAAGAAACUGAAGCUGGCAGGGAAGCUGAAAAUCAAACAAAAAUCAAAAACGAAAGUUCUUAUAAAGAAAGAACCACAGAAAAAGAAAGAUGUUAAAAAAGGAUCUGUUUUAAACAAAGUAGCCAGGUUAACCAAGCAUCUGUCAAAUGGUCAGAAACGUUUUGCUGGAGAAACCGGCGGCCACAUGUGUCCAUACUGUCGUGAAAACCGACCACUGAUGUCAUGGCUUCGGCUUCACAUAGAAAUCUGCUAUCACAUUCAUUACAAGCCACUCAAUUGUGGCUACUGUUGUAAAAUGCAGACUGCUUCCAUUCUGCGUUUAACAAAACAUAACAUCAAGGAACACCCUGGUAAAAAGGUGAAGUGUGUUACCUGUUUGGAUAAAUCUAAAGAAGAGAAGCUCAAGAUUUUGGUGAACCGUUCAGUCCAACUGUCCAAACGAUACAAUAAAGUGAAGUCAGGUCAGCUCCAGAAGACAUCGUCUGGUGCUGAGAACCAAAAAAUAGGGUGGAAAGUAUUGAAGUAUUCAAAAGUUGCUGUCGGUCUGAUAAAAAUGAACAGCAAGAGUGUCUGUGAGAAAGGCAGGAAAAAACCUUUAACUGGUAAAAAAGAAGAAACUUCAUCGAAAGAUAUUUCUAAACAUGUUCCUGCUAAAACGUCGAUUAAAGCUGAACCACAAAGCUGCUCUAAUCCUGAGAAAACAUCCCGUGGAUCCUUGCUCACGCCAGAUCCUCCAUCACGUGAUGACCAUUCACUAAUGCAAUACAGAAUAUACAAGACGAAUGAACUGUUCAAAACUGAAAACGAUGCCUAUGGUGACCCUUUUUAUCAGUGUAUUAAAUGUGAAUACACAAUUAGAAAUUUGAAAUCGAUGUACACGCAUUCCUACAGACACCAGCCUCAGAUCUUCAAGUGUGGGUAUUGUGAUUUCAGAGGAUACCCAAGGUCACAGAUUGGCUGGCAUUUGAAAACGGUGCAUCAUGGUAAACCACAAAAAGUAAUUGAUAUCAGGCAGGUUAGAGACGAACCCAAGAAAUCACCACUGGUCAGAAACGAAACCAAGAAAUCACCAGUGGUCAAAAACAAUCCCAAGAAAUCACCAGUGGUCAAAAGUGAAUCCAAGAAAUCACCAAAAAUAUGUGACACGAAUGUGGUAACUGACUGCCAUGUGGUUCUUUUUGAACUCGAGCAAAAGCCAAAAAUAACUGACAUAAAGCUCGAGCAACCACCAGAAGUAACUGACGUGAGGUUCGAGCAACCAUCAAAAAUAACUGACAUAACGCUGGAGCAAUCACCAGGCGUAACCAACAUAAAGCUUGAGCAAUCACCAGAAGUAACUGACAUAGGUCUCCAACAGCUACCAGAAGUAACUGACAUAAUACUCGAGCAACCACCAGAAGUAACUGACAUAAGGCUCGAGCAACUACCAAAUGUAAGUGACAUAAGGCUCGAGCAACCACCAAAAGUAACUGACACAGGGCUCAAACAACAACCAGAAGUAACUGAUAUAGGGUGCAAACAGCCACCAAAAGUAAGUGACAUAGAGUUCGAACAGCCACCAGAAGUAACUAACAUAAGGCUCGAGCAACCACCAAAAGUAACUGACAUAAGGCUUGAGCAACUACCAGAAGUAACUGACAUAAGGCUUGAGCAACUACCAGAAGUAACUAACAUAAGGCUUGAGGAACCACCAAAAGUAACUGACAAGGCUCAAGCGACCACCAAAAGUAACUAACAUAGGGCUCGAGCAACCACCAAAAUUAACUGACAUAAGGCUCAAGCAACCACCAAAAGUAACUGACAUAGGGCUCGAGCAACCACCAAAAUUAACUGACAUAAGGCUCGAGCAACCACCAGAAGUAACUGACAUAAGGCCAGUGGUUCAACGUGAAUACGAGAAAGCAAAUGUGCAGGUAGCUGACAUAAGGCCUGUAGUUAUAGAUUAAUCUGAGAAGCCUGCGAAAAUAACGAACUGGCUAGUGGCUAAAGAUGAACAGGAGAAACCAAAUGUAAUUGACAUACAGCAGGUGAUUCAAAAUGAACCAGACAAACCACCAACCACAACAAACAUAAGGCAGAUGACUCCAGAUGAACCAGGGAUGGAAAAGCCAAUUUUAUUUAGGGUGGAAUAGAUAUCUGCCAAAACGUAUACUUAACAGUUAGUAGAUGAUAUCAAAGUUCCAGUACUUACUACUUACAGUAUUACUGUUAUAUUGGGUUGUUUUUACUUAUGUGUGAACUGAAAUUGAAACUCUGUACAUAUGUGUAUGAUUAUGAUACGAUUAUAUUUCAGAAAUUGGUUGUUUUUUGUUUUUUCAUUUUCUUUCUUCUUUAAAUAUGAUCAGUGACAGGUGAUUGUGGGUUCUUCAAAGAACAAUGUCAGGGCAUUACAUAUUCAGCUGCAUUUUAGUUGACUUGCUGUGUAUGUAUUGUAUUUUUAUGUAUGUAUUGUAUAAUUAAAUGUAUUUCACUUUUAAAAAGUUACACAACAAAUGUUUUUAGCAUCUUAGUUACUAAUUAGUUAAA